UUUCUCACUGGGUUCUUCUCCCUUUCCACAGACUUUGUUCAACACCCCCACACCCUUCAAUUGAGCACUGUAUACGUGGAACCACGCAACUACACCUCGCUAUCCGCCAUGGUCCACCUCAACCGUGUAGCCACCGACCUCGAGGUCUCCGAGACCAAGAAAUCCCUCGUCGAAUCCUUCUCGAAGCUCGCUUUCGACGACGAUGACGAGGGCGACGACUUCACCGCCACGGUUUACGGGAGCAAGUACGCCGCGCAAGAUUUGCCCAAACAUGAAAUGCCCGAUCGCGAGAUGCCCUCGCAAGUGGCGUAUCGCAUGAUCAAGGAUGAUUUGACGCUUGAUGGCACGCCGACGUUGAAUCUUGCUUCCUUUGUCACUACGUACAUGGAAGACGAAGCCGAGAAACUCAUGGUCGAUGCCUUUAGCAAAAACUUCAUCGAUUACGAAGAGUACCCCGUCAGCGCCGAUAUCCAAAACCGAUGCGUCUCCAUGAUCGCCCGCCUAUUCAACUGCCCAAGCUCCGAAGAUGCUCAUUCCGUGGGAACCUCGACCAUCGGAAGCUCCGAGGGGAUCAUGCUGGGCGUGCUGGCUAUGAAGAAGGUCUGGGCCAACAAACGCAAGGCGGCUGGCAAGCCCUACGAUAACCCCAACAUCAUCAUGAACUCGGCUGUGCAGGUCUGCUGGGAGAAGGCGGCUAGAUACUUUGACGUGGAGGAGCGAUAUGUGUACUGCACUGCCGAUCGCUACGUGAUAGAUCCCAAGGAAGCCGUCGAUCUCGUCGACGAAAACACAAUCGGUAUCUGCGCCAUUCUUGGAACGACAUACACUGGAGAAUACGAAGACGUAAAAGCAAUCAACGAUAUCCUUAUUGAGAGAAAUCUCGACGUCCCCAUCCAUGUCGACGCAGCCUCCGGCGGCUUCGUCGUCCCCUUCGUCAACCCAGGUCUAGAGUGGGACUUCCGCCUCCCCAAAGUCGUCUCCAUCAACGUAUCUGGCCACAAAUACGGUCUCGUAUACCCAGGUGUCGGCUGGGUGGUGUGGCGCGAUCCCGAAUUCCUGCCCAAAGAGCUAGUCUUCAACAUCAAUUACCUCGGCGCUGACCAAGCGUCUUUCACGCUGAAUUUCUCGAGGGGUGCGAGUCAGAUCAUCGGACAGUACUACCAGAUGAUUCGGCUCGGCAAGAGAGGAUACAGAAGGGUGAUGCUGAAUCUGACGCGCACUGCCGACUACCUAUCCGCGAAUCUGGAGGAGCUGGGCUUCCUCAUCUUAUCGCAGAAGAGCGGCGAAGGUCUCCCGCUCGUCGCCAUCAGUCUCGACGAGGACCUGGGCAAGAAAUACGACGAGUUCGCCAUUGCCCACCAACUCCGCGAGCGUGGCUGGGUCGUCCCCGCGUACACCAUGGCGCCGCACUCGGACAAAAUGAAACUCAUGCGCGUAGUCGUGCGCGAAGACUUCACCAAAUCGCGCUGUGACGCGCUGAUCCAGGAUUUCAAGCUCGCGCUGCAGACGCUGGAUGCUAUGGAUGCUCAGCGGUUGAAGGAACAGAAAGACCAUGCCGCGGAAUUCCACAUGCGCAGACGCUCCACGCUUCUUGGGAAUCAAGCCCCCGUCUCCCCUACGGCGAACAAACACGCUAGACAUUUUUCCGACGAUCACAGCUUGCAGGCUCAGCAUGGGAAGACGCAUGCUGUGUGCUGAUGUGGCAUUUGAGGCUGAAAACACGGCGUUUCUGUCGACGUGCUGAAGACUGAGUCACUGCUGGCGAGCUUUUGCGUGGAACAACUUCAGAUUCGCUGCCGUGUGGUUAUGCGCUGACUUGUCAACGAUGAGCUAUUGUAUAUCUCUAAGCGAUGGAGUCGCGAAUACGAGAUCAUCUUAUCGUUGUGUGAAUUUUUCGUUUUUCUUUUCUGUGUCUUUCUCGGCGUCUGCAGUUCGAUUUUCUUUCUUUCUAGGGAAUAUAUAUGGAGAUGUAUCAGUUUGCGUUUAACUAUGCUUACUAAGGAAAAAAAUGAAUAAAAAGAAACAGCUUACUACCUUGACUUCUUAUCUUUGCUCUUACUAAAACGUGGGUUAGGAUUUUCUACCCCCCUGUUUUCCCUGACAUUGAAAAAUGCAGGGUUUUUUUUUUUUAAACAGUGUGGCUAAUCUUACUACUUUUGCAGCUAUACACUUCCUCCUGUGCGUAACGUACGUAGAUGUUCUGAUUAUUGACAUGAUGUAUCACGAUCUACUAAUGUUACUAAAAAAGAAACCCGCCCUGCUGUUACUUUUAGCAAUCCUCUAUUUCCCAACAUUCGUUCCAACUCAUCAGUAAAAAAGAACAGAAAAAAACCCGACAGCUUCUCCCCCCUCAUCUACC